CUCUUGAAGCAGUCUCUCAGGCCAUCCAUUUUCGAGGCACACAAGAAGUUUAUGACACAAAUUGGACACGAAUGGGACACCGACCUGGAUAUUCUUAAUUUGUUAUCGACUAUAGUCCUCUUCGACCCGAACCGACCCAACAUUAUCCAUAAGGAUAUGAUUGCGUUCGAGCAUCAAAUCAAUAAGUAUUUACUUCAACGCUAUUUAGAGAUCAAAUACGGGACCAAAUCGGAGGCCAGAGAUAAAUACAUGCGACUCAUGAAGACGUUGGAUGAGCUCCAUGUGCUCAACGAGGAGAACGUCCGCUACCACCUGGAGGUCGACCCCCGAGAGAUCGGACCCCUUCUCAUUGAGCUCUUUGAUCUAAAGCCUUAAGCGCCUCCUAUUUUAUGAUACGAUAUGAUUAUUAUUACAUAAGACGUAUACAUACUGUGUAUAUAGAUAUACAACUAAUUUAUUAAUUUUCUACACUUUACUUACCUGUUGACUAAGAAAUUGUUAGGAAAUUCAAAGCAAUUUUAUUAUAUUAUAUAAAUAUAGUUUGGUUUUUAUGUUAGCUUUAUGUAAUUGUAUUUUUAUACCCUUCACACCCCCACCCCAGCCGCCACCACCACACCUCACAUACACAUACAUACAGUUUUAUAUAAUUGAUUAUAGUCAAUAAUGUUAUAUAAAUCUCUUAUCAUUUCAUUUGAUAUGUGUUUUUCUAUUUAAAAAGAGUGUUUCGUUAUCUAUAAUAAAUAGUUACCAUCUAAUGGAUGAUACGUACCGGUGCUAUAGUUACUAUUAAAAAUAAUUUAAUUGCAUACCAGAG